GGUUGCAUCUGGUCGGUUAUGACCAGACCCUCCUGGCUACUAGUAGUCCCGUCGCGAGCCGACAAUUUCCGGAAUCCGGUCCACCUCUUGGAAUCACGAGAGGCUGAAACGUUUCUAGGGUCACUCGCUGUAAUAUGAUUCGUCACACGAGAUCCAGAUUGAUACCCUUGGCUCUUGGAUCGUGAAGGCCUCUCGGCGUCAGAAAGGCUGCUGGUGUCUCAACUACCCGUUCAGUUCAGUACCUCGGAGUUGUCGACGCGCGUUUCUAGGAGGAUCAAAUGGCGUCACUUGAGGAUUCGUAAGGUCACGAAACCGACUUGAAUUUCGUAAGGUCGGACUUCGAAGUCCGAGAUAUUUAGGGAUCACCGACCAGACUCUCUCUGUUCAAAGGCUCUCGACCUCUUGUCAACUGCUAUUCCCUCGCGGCGGCUUACUACUACGUCCGAACCAUUGGCCGUCAAUCUUAACUUCCGUGUUAACUUCACCAUACACUUGCGUAGUCUAGUUCUCCGGUCGCCUUAGUUUCUCUCAGCCACCUGAGGUUUUCUUCGCACCGUAAUUUCCUCGUUCUAUCAUCAUUAUGGGUUCGCUCGGCUCGCCAGCAGAGUUCGUGCUCUCCUCGGAGCAAGUGCAGCUGAUUAAAGACAGCUUCAAGGCCAAGCUGCAGGCGGAUGUACCCUACCACGCAAUGACUCUUUUCAUCAACCUGUUCGAGAUAGUGCCGGAAGCCAAGGCCCUCAUCUCCUUCACCAGGGACUACACGGGUCCUAUGAGGGAGAACGAGGGGCUGCAGGCACACGCCACCACCGUGCUCAAGAAGGUGGUGAACAUUGCGACGAACCUGGACAACGAGAAGCAGGUGGAGAUGUUCAGUAAGAGCCUUGCGGAGCUGGGCGGGAAGCACAUCGGAUAUGGAGUCAAGCUCAAGCACGCUGCGAAAUUGAGGGAUGCGUUUGUGCUUACCAUGGCACAAGGCAUGGGAGACACGUGGAGUGGUGAUGUGCAAGCAGCGUGGAUCGCAGCCUACGAUGUGAUAGAGCAGAUGUUUGUUGUAGGUCUAGUUGGGCUUGCUGCUCCAAAGUAGACAGUAAAAGCUAGGUGCAGGCUCAAUCGACCAGAGAUGCUUGGUUGGUUGGUGCCAGCUUCACUAGUUAGUAGUUCUUGUUUCGAAUGUGCUCCUGUUGUAUAUUAUGCGACGUAUUCUUACAAGCAGC